CAAUGAGGAGAAGACUGAAGCAAGCUCUUGCUCUUUAGUCUAUGCAGAAAAGUUCAUUGUGGUUCCAGACAUUUUUCAGCAUCAGCUUUAUUUGAACAAUAGACCUGCUGAAGAAUACAAUACAUCACCAUGUUAUGAAAGGCAAAUGACUGUAGAGUCCACCCUCUCAGAGAUUCUCUCUCCUGUAGAUGAGGUCUUGUCAUACGGUAGUGCAGAACUUCCUCCCUUGGUUAAAGGAGGGGCCAGGUCAGGACUAGACAGCUACAGUUAUCCUCCUCCCCCACCUGCCUUUGAGAUAAUUACAUGGACCAGUGAGGAGGAACUGGCAGCUCCACCUGAUUGUGAGGAAGAUCUCUCCAUUAACAGCGAGAACAUCCCACCUCUCCCUGUGGACUUAUCUCACAGGAGAAGAGAGUCUCAAAGUCUAGCCUCUAACAGUCUGAGGGCAAAGGAAGUAAACAAUGACGAUCUUAAUGGAGAUCUUUGUAAAACCCUCCCCCUAGCACUGAGCAUAUGUGAGGACAUGGAGAAUGAUUGCUCACUUUCUGAAGAUAGGAAUGAAAUCUCAGAUCCUUUCUCCUCCUUUCAGAUUGGAGACAGAGUUCUUGUAUGUAACUCCAGACCUGGUGUGCUGAAAUAUAAAGGGCUCACAGCAUUUGGAGAUGGCUUUUGGGCAGGUGUGGCAUUGGACACUCCUAAUGGAAACCACAAUGGAACCUUCAGAGGUGUGAAGUAUUUUCACUGUCAUAAGAGCCAUGGUGUGUUGGUCAGAGCAGAGGACAUCUCUUACAUACACAGAGAACAUGGUAGUGAUAUAGACACUGGGGUGGAUGAAGAUCCCUUCUCAGAUGAGGAGCCACCUAGUGCACAGAAAGAUAGGAAACAGAAAGACACAUCAUCAACAGGAGGACAAGGAGGACAUACAAAUAGUCAGUGUCCUCCUAGAGAUGAUUCCAUAAUGCCAAAAAACUCACCUCAAAAAGAACCACAAGGAGAUAUGUUAGAUGGAGCAAGAGACCUCUCACAUCCCUCAGAAAUGCCUUCACCUAAAGACAUCAGAAAUGGUGAAGAAAGAUAUUUCAUGCCAUGUCUCUUAGAGCAAUGGCAUCAGGCCCAACCCGACCUGCCACCAAAGAUAAAGGUACCACCCCAUGAAGAUGGUAUCAUAUACAGAUUAGUGGAUGCUGCAAUGGAAAUACUAUGUGGCCAAGCAAAUUACAAUGCUUUUGAAUUUUAUGAAACACCAAGCUAUCUUUACGAUGAUGACAGUCGCAAACGUUAUAGACAGGUGAUCUUUCAGUUAACAUCUGAUGUACUUCAUGAGGUUUUGGGUGAUCUGUUAAGGACAAAACAACCUGCUCAGAUUACUGAUAAUGAAUCUGUGAUCUCAGCUUUGAAGUCAAGGAAAAUUUCAGUCACAUUUUUGAAGGCAUCAGUAAGAACAGAAAUACAGAAAAUCCUUUAUUUAGAGCGAAGUGAACAUCAGAUGAAAGAGAUGCUUCAAAAAUUGUGCAAAUACUGGUAUGCCAAGAGAGACAGAGUGGAUUAUAUACUGAUUCAGGAACUUCACAAUGAGAAGAGAGCUUGGCUAGACUACAGGUCUGACCAGGACACUGUGAAAAUGCGUCUGACUGAAGAGAUUUUCAGCCUUCUUUUGGAUGACACAAUAUUAGUCCUAAACCAUAUGCACUUUUGAACUUAAAAUACAAGUUUCAGAAUCUUCACAACAUUUUCAUACUUUACAUUUUUGUACCUUUCAUAACUCAUUAUUUUUAGGUGAAUCUCACAUAACUCAUAUUUCACCCCUUUAUCAAGAAAGAAGUGGCGCAGAAAUUCACACUUCUGUUGCAACCAAUAUUACUUUCAACAUUAAUCCGAUAUUGCUCUCAAGACAAUUAAGCAACCCCCCCCACCCCGCAACACUUUACUGUAUAGUGCAAAACAUCUUAUUGUCAGUACUGUAAUACAGAAUUUUUUUUUAAUGCAAAAUAAAUAAAUAAAUAAAUAAUAUAAUAUAUAUAUAUAUAUGUAUGAUUUAUAACUUAAAUUGUAAUAUACAUCAUGGUAGCUUUUGGGGCAGAAAAUGGUUAAUUGUCAUGAAAAUAAUGCAAUAAUAAUAAUAAUAAUAAUAAAUCAGUCCUUUAUGGAAAAUACAAUGUUUUGUUUUUGUUUUGUUUGUUUGUUUUAAUUAUAUUCACCUUUUUUCUUCUAAGUAUUAUUUUUGGUUUUAUUUUAAUUAUGCUUUCUUGUGUAAAUUAAGCCACAAUCAAACUGAAAUAGCUAUAUUUCGGGGUUUGUAACAUUUGCUGUGUUUGAAUUUAUUGAAA